GGGGAUGCCUCCUCCUUCUUCGCCGGCCCGAGCGACGGUGGCCACUCGGCGGUAGCUGCAGGUGGAAGCGACGCAACAUGAGCACCGGCACAGCUUCUCAGGCUCAGGCUGUGCGUAGCCUCUUGGAGAAACCCUCUGGGGCAGCAAUCCUCUGCAACAAUUGCAGUAAUCCAUGUAAAGGAGAGGUGCUACGAGUGCAAAAGAAGUAUUUCCACAUUAAGUGUUUUGUUUGCAAAGCUUGUGGAUGUGACUUGGCCCAAGGAGGAUUUUUUGUGAGAGAAGGGGAUUAUAUCUGUACUUCGGACUAUCAACGACUCUAUGGCACACGGUGCUUCAGCUGUGAUCAGUUUAUUGAAGGAGAAGUGGUUUCAGCUCUGGGGAAAACCUACCACCCUAAAUGUUUCGUGUGUGCAAUUUGCAAGCAACCUUUUCCUCCUGGUGAUCGUGUUACUUUCAAUGGCAAAGAUUGUGUCUGUCAGAAAUGUUCUCUGCCACCUGCUGGCAGCAACAGCAGCUUCCCUAUCCACAAAAAUUGUGGGAACUGUGGUUCUGAAAUAAAAAAUGGUCAGUCUUUGGUAGCGUUGGACAAACACUGGCAUUUGACCUGUUUCAAGUGCAAGAUAUGUGGCAAACUUCUGAAUGCUGAAUAUAUCAGCAAAGAUGGUGUUCCAUACUGUGAAAUGGACUAUCAUGCUAAAUUUGGAAUCCAAUGUGAUAAUUGUGAAAAGUAUAUCACAGGAAGAGUACUGGAGGCAGGAGAAAAACACUACCAUCCAACCUGUGCACGUUGUGUCAAGUGCAGUCAGAUGUUUGCUGAAGGAGAAGAAAUGUAUCUUCAAGGGACCUCCAUUUGGCAUCCAGCUUGUAGACAAGCAGCCAAAGCUGAAGAAAAGAGCAAGUUGCAGGAAACUAGAACAUCAUCUGAGAGCAUAAUUUCAGUACCUGCUUCAAAUACUUCAGGUUCCCCAAAUCGUGUAAUUUAUGCAAAACUUGGAGAUGAAAUCCUUGAUUACAGAGAUUUGGCUGCUCUUCCUAAGGAUAAAGCCAUCUAUAAUAUAGACCGCCCAGACAUGAUCUCCUAUUCUCCAUACAUCAGCUAUGUGACAGAUGACAGACACAGUUAUGGAGAGGGUGACCAUGAUGACCGAUCUUCCAGGCAGUACAAGAUAUCCAGCCCAAGUUCCACUGGCUCAGUUGGCUACGGUCGCAACACUCCCUCUUGCCACUCUCCUCAGAGUUACAGCAGACCAGCUGGUACUCAGACCCCUGGUACCAGUAGCUGCCUCUCCCUGCCCCAACACACAAGCCUUACAUCUACAUUCAGACAUCAUUACAUCCCUUUCUUCAAAGGCAGUGAAAGUGGUCGGAGCACUCCAAGCUUAUCCAUGUACUCAGACAGCAAAUCUUCAUCAUCUUUGUAUCAGCAGGCACCUAGGCAUUUUCAUGUUCCAGACACUGGAAUAAAAGAUAACAUCUAUAGGAAACCCCCUAUCUACAAACAGCAUGCAUCCAGAAAAUCAGAUGGUGAUAGCAGUGAUCAAGACAGCAUGAAGCUGAAGUCUAGCUGGCUAACUCUGAAAGGAGACAUGGAUGCCAGAACCAAUUCUUCAGAACUGGAUACUCAGUCACUCCCACAAAGUCCUGGAACUGACAGAGAUCUUCAACGACUAAAUAAUAAUGCAAAUUGUACCUACCUAAGAUUUCCAUAUUCCAAAUCUGCAUCUCUUCCUGACUAUGGGAAAAAUGGGUUACACCAUGGUGCCAAUAUGAACCCGGAUGAUGCUGACCAGGAUGCUGCCUGGGGAAAGAGAGAAUACACGGUCUAUCCGUAUGAAACACUUAUUGUAACAAACAGAGUUCGGGUGAAAUUACCAAAGGAUGUAGACAGAACGAGGCUGGAGCGGCACCUGUCCCCUGAAGAGUUUCAAGAUGUUUUUAAAAUGAGCAUUGAACAAUUCGAACGGCUUGCACUGUGGAAAAGGAAUGAGCUAAAGAAAAAGGCUUUGCUUUUCUAGUAUGCCAUAGAUAUAGAAGAAUAUGCUUACUAAAAACAAACUGCACACUUGCCACAUCUUCUCAUGUGCACUUACUGUUGACCUCUUGUCCAGCUUUAUUGUGUUAGGAAAGCAAAGGCAAAGAGAAAGGAGGGAAACACAGCCUUUUUGUGGCCCAGAUCCCAGAUAAAUAGCUCAGUCUCUACGGGGUCUCCAAAGGAUAUAAUGUGUUUUGCUUUAAAUUAAUGAUUGCUUUAGCUGCUGCUUGUUUGCAAAAAAAGUAAUUUUAAAUCAGAAAAAAAACCAAGAGUCAUUUGACCACCAAUAACAACAGCAACAAUCAUCAUCGUCCAGCUACCAUUUUUGCACUAGUCAGCAUAACCUGUAGAAGAUCAGAACAGAGGUGAAAGUAAACUUUCCCCAGAAACAAAAGAAGCAAAUGUGGUGAAGGCCAAAGAAAAGCAUGUUGGAAAGUCAAUCCUACAAUGUUUGUGUGUGACAUCUUUUUAGGAAUAAAAGCAAAUCUAUAAUAAAGCACUUUAAGUCUCAUUCUCUCACUUAAAUGCAAGCUACUGUUUUAAAUGUAAAGUUGCAAAUCAAAACUGGCUGUAAAACUUUUAUUUUAGUAAACAUGGAUUGUAAUGUAAAUGUAGUCAGACUACAGUAGAGGCUGUUCAACCUACAAUCAAUUUUAGAUAAAGUGCUUGAUUUAAAACAUGUGAACUAUUUAUUUCAGUGGGAUAAAUUUCCCCAUAUCUAAGUACUUUGGGUUGAUUCAGCUGGAGUUCAUAUAGAAAUUAAUUCUCCACUUCACAAAAGUAAAUGCAUUCUUGUGUUGAAAUAUCAUAAAGCUGUGCAAUUCUGUCUAUUUCUAUUUUUUCUACAUUUCACUCUGAUACAAAGAAUGUGUAGUGAAUCUUGAUUCUAUGCACACACUGGUGUCCACAUUAAAAAUAUUGUUUUGUAACAAAUGUU